AUGUAUACUAACGGGAUGGUGGAAGAGAAUGGUGGAACAACUGUUACAACAUCAGUGGCACCGACAACAACGGCAGUAUCGUUAGAUCUGCAACAGAACAGCUAUAUUUUUACAGUCCUCGAUGACAAAUUAGAAAGUUCAUCGUCACUAAAAGAAGAAAGAAAUGUUACGGGUAAUGUUACUAAUGCUAUCGGGAAUGAGAUGAUUUCAACACGGUCGUCAAGCCCAUUACUUGAUAUUGGGGUGUUACCAAGUGCUGAUGGUCCAUUAUGUCCCUACUGCGGUAAACAAUAUAGAAAGCCAAGAGUUUUGGAUUGUCUUCAUUCGAUGUGCGAGGACUGCAUAAUAGCUCAGUUGGAUGGACGACGAGAAGGUGGGUCACAGCGUUCUAAAAUUGCUCAUACGAUUGACUUUGAACUAGAAAGCACAUGUGAGCUGAGACCAACACCACCUGGGGUAAUAAGGUGUCCAACGUGUCAUCAGGAAAGUCAUGUGGGGAAUGAUGUUCGUUUUGUGAAUCACUUACUGCUAGAUUUCGUUCGUUUGCACGAAGUUGAUGGUGCUGGAGUUUCAAAAGGUGUGCGGCCGUGUCGUGCAUGUAAGAGCGAGCAGCUUGCAAUGGCAGUUUGCAAGCAAUGUGCAAGUGAUUUAUGCAAAAACUGUUAUCAAGCGCAUCGUGAGAUGAAAUUAUUUGAUGGGCACACAGUAUUAACCUAUGCGGAAUUAGUACAGAAUCCAUUGGAACUACCUCGAGAGCCAGUUAUGUGUGUAUUGCAUCCUCAGAUGCCCUAUUCCCUUCUUUGUGCUACAUGUGAAUCACUAAUUUGUGGGCAGUGUCAUGCUGAGCAUGCAGAUAUCAGGCACCAUAAUUUGGUAAAUCUCGAUGAAACAGUAGCUAAUUUGGUUAGACUGGAACUAAAAGAUAUAGCAAAAGGAGCUGAAGCUAAGGCAAAAACAGUGGAAACUGCUUGUAAUUCUGUUCCUGCUCGUCAGCGAGUUUUAAUUGAGCAACACGAAGUGCUAAAAACGCAAAUAGAAGCUGCCUUCAGAGAAUAUAGUAAAGCUUUGGAUGUUGUUAAAGAACAGAUGUUGCAUAAACUGGACAAAUUACGUGACGAUCAGGAAACUGAUCUAAAUAAUUUAAACCGCCGAGUUAAUAUAACUACUGUGAAGAUUGCAGAUGCUGUCGCUUUUACGCAUCGAAUAGUUGAAAAGGGAUCUGCUGUAGAAGUUUUGGUGAGCCGAAAGAAAAUUCGACAACAGUUAACAGCUUUAACACGCAGUGUACCAGACAUGAGCAGUACGGUCGAACUUACUUUUUGCAAGACUCCAUACAAUGAGUUCCACAAUCAAUUAAGUGGUAUCGUUGGUGAUAUCACUACUCGUUUAGUACCAGAUGUUGAAAAAACAGAUUUGAUUUCAUCUUUGUUCUCUGAUUCAAAUUAUAUCAAGCAGUCUAAUGCAGUACGAGUUUAUCCAUUGGCUAACUCACCCACUCAAACGUCUGCAUCUGGAAGUUUGUGUACAACACCUGCUCCUGUAGCUCGCGGUCCCGGUGCGAUAGGAAUGGAACGUCGUAAUAAACCAAAUCCUGCUUCAGCAAACAGUUCAGUAGCAGAUUUUGCAGACGGCUGGCCACCGUCUAGUAUUCCACCUGAACCAAACAGCCCUUCUCCAACUGUCGAUUUUCAAAGCAAAAAAAAUUCAUUAGACAACAAUGGCACCUCUUCGUCCUAUUAUAAUUGGCCACCAAGUUCAAUUCCUCAACAAGAAACGCGUAUUAAUGCUUCAUCUACCUUACCUCUGGCACAUAAUCCAAUUUCUGGUUUAAUUCCUGUAAAACAGUUGCCUAUAACUACAAAUAAUUUCCUGAUGCCUCGAGGAGUAAAUUCUUGGAUGAGUCAGACAGCCGCGCUGUCUGCUGCUCCACAGUUGCCCCAUAGUGCAUUUCCGUUGUCAGCUGUAACUCGACAACGUUUGGAACCAUUGCUUGAUCCUUCAUCAACUCGUUUGAUUACACAGUUAGACACUCCACCCUUGGCAUCCUUGCAGUCAGCAUUCGGUCAAACGAUUCCUGCACUUGGUCGUCAGUCGCAGCUCACGUCGCCAUUGGAGGGGAUCCGUCCUGUUGGUACUACUGGAAUUAUGGGUGAACAUCAUUAUAUGCCCAUUGGUAUGCCACCAACUACACGUUUAUCAAAAAAUAAUGCAAAUGCGUCAGAUUUAUCUCUUCGUUGUUCGGUUGGAGGUGUAGGAUCAAAUCCUGGACAAUUUGGUUCUCCUCAUGGCUUUUGUCUGGGACACAACGAAGAAAUUCUCAUCACCGAUACCAACAAUCAUCGUGUGCAGAUCUUUUCGAAGAAAGGCGAAUUUAUUAUGCAUUUUGGAGUUAGUGGUUCAGAAGAUGGUCACUUAUUUUAUCCGAAAAAAGUCGUAGCGUUUAGGUCUCGUAUGGGAGAAGGAGGCUAUUUAGUGGUAGAUAAAGGUGAAAGUAAAGCUCGACUACAGUUGUUUUCUAAAAGAGGCGAUUUUAUUCGACGUUUACAGACACCUUAUCUUGAUUAUGUUGCGGCGUUGACGGUAAAUGAUGCAUCGCAUAUUGUUGUAUUUAGCAGCUCAGUAAUGAUGUUUAUUUUGGAUAUUGAUUUAGAACCUCUUAUUCUUAGGUGGAAUGACUGCACUAAGGCUAUAGGAGAACCAUCAGAUGUUGCUGUCUUUCGAGACAGAUACUAUGUUACGGAUUAUAAAAACCAUUGUGUUGUUGCCCUUAAUAAUGAAGGUGAAGUUUUGUGUCGUUUUGGUUCCUUUGAGACUACUCCUUAUCCUAUUGGUGUUGAUGUUUCAACAAAUGGCGACGUAUUGGUGGCAGAUUCUCAUGGCAAUCAUUUCCAUAUUUAUUGUUGCACAAUUGAAGGGCAACGAUUACAAGAAUUCGAAUGUUCGCAGAUGAAGGUUUCUCGUUGUGUGGGACUUCGUUUAACAUCGGAAGGAUAUUUGAUCUCAAUUUCGAAGCACAAUCAUACGCUACUUAUCUUCAGUACAGUUUUCGUGAAUCCCCCUUUACCGCUAUGA